AUGAGUAAAAAUGGCUUUAACGGGCCACUCAGGGCCAGGGAGGCACCGAGAUUAUCGGAAUACAACUUCAGUGCCGAUGUUGCCGACAUCGUAUCCGCCAUCGAACGUAUCAAAAAUACCAAAUGGCCUCGACCAUUGCAGUCCGAUCGUGCCCAAAAAGAUCACAACCUGAUGUGUAAGUAUCAUGGCACUCAUGGCCACAGGACCAAAGAUUGCCGACAACUAAGAGAAGAAGUAGCUCGGUUAUUCAAUAACGGACACCUCCGAGAAUUUCUGAGUGAUCAAGCCAAAAAUCAUUUCGGGAAUAGGGACUCCAACAAGCAGACUGAGCAAGAGGAGCCUCAACACGUCAUUGACAUGAUUAUUGGAGGAGUCGACGUACCCCAGGGGCCAAUGAUGAAGCGCACUAAAGUGUCCAUUAUGAGGAAAAACCGGACUCGAGAUUAUAUACCAGAGGGGAUCGUAUCUUUCAACGAUGAAGACGCUGAAGGCAUUAUGCAACCACAUAAUGACGCACUGCUCGGCCAAUAUCAACAGAUUGAGGGUCGUGGAACAUCUGGGUCUACAAGAACAAAUAGUGCAUACGGUCCAGGUUUAAAAAUAUUCAACAUGGCAUGCCAGACUACUAAAGAGGAGAUAACCCUGCCGGUGAACACCGCCAGGACCAUUCAGGAAUCGAAGUUCUAUGUGAUGGAAGGGGAUAUGAGAUAUAAUGCUCUAUUCGGAAGGCCGUGGAUUCACAACAUAAGGACAAUGCCCUGA